GCCCUGGGCAGGAGUGUGACAGAUCUGAGGGUCUCUGGCAGAAGGGGGUGGACCAAGGCAAGUGCCAAGGAUGGUCCACUGGAAGAGCCUUACUGCCUGCUGAAACCCCUCCACUGGAACCCAUCAAGCCAUAUAUGUGAAGUAGGCAAGGGCCAUUUGCUGGCUACUUCCAGGCGAUGGUGCAUUUCUUCAUUCCUCACAAAGGGUGACAUCUCCCCAGCAUGCACCCAGGGGACAGGGCCAACGCAGUAGGGGUGGGUUCCUUGUUUCCAGAUGGCCUUGUGGAGCUAAGACCAAAUGAGUUUCAGCAUAGAUGUCCACCACAAAAUUGUACAUUGGCUCCUAGCCAACCUGCGCCAGGGCCAAGACAAUGGGGGCUGUUCCCUCACUGUUUCCAAGAUGGCUUCACGGGCCACAUGAAACCACUUUGCGGGCCACAUCUGGCCCCGGGCCUUGUGUUUCACAUGUCUGGUCUAGAUUAUACUAUUCUUUUUAAGACUGGCAUAAAGAGAUAUUUACUCUCAGUAAUUUUUAAAAACUAUAGUUUAAAUGUAGAAGUAUAGCAGGUGUGAAUUGUUUAUGACAAUCAUUUCCGAUCCAAGAAUUUUUGAUUGUGCUGUUUGCACUCGCAUUCCAAUUUAUGGGUAGGGUACCAGAUUGGAGAAGCUUGCAGCCCACAUGGCUUUUCUCCACUUGAACUUGAAAUCUGCUAGGCUUUGUCACCCAUUAUCUCGGAGGGAGAUCAGAUGAUCUGCAAUUCCUGCAAAGGUUCCAAUUGAAGUAGAGCCAGCGUUCAGCGGGAAUAGCCCAUGUUAUGCAGACAUCAAGUUAUACCACCCGCGGGGGGUGGACAGCAAAUAUUCCCCUGCGAACUAUUUCCGCCGCGCCUAUAUUUCUAGCACUUCAUUUACAAAGAGGCAAAAUCGCCUUCGAAAGUCCUUUAAGGGCUACCCCGAAGCCAGGAGUGAAAACUCAAACUCUCUGCCGAAAACCCUGGUGGCCGAAGAGGAGCCGUAGUGUGGGCGGCAGGAUGAAUCCCAAUGUCACCUACGCCAGCCGCAAGCGGCGGAAACCCGUGCAGAAGAUAGUAAAACCUUCCCCUCCUGAAGGAGCGAAGUCAAAUCCAUCAAAAAGGCAUAGAGAUCGAUUGAAUGCUGAGCUGGAUCGUCUGGCUAGUCUUCUGCCAUUCCCUCAGGAUGUUAUUGCCAAAUUGGAUAAACUGUCUGUGCUUAGACUGAGCGUGAGUUACCUGAGAGCCAAAAGUUUCUUUGAUGUUGCAUUGAAAUCAAGGAGUCCAGCAAAGCCUGAAAGAAAUAGCAUGCAGGACAGCAACAGCACCAUGCAGACCAGAGGGAGAAUGCAUAUGCUAGAAGGUGAACUUUUGCUGCAGGCAUUAAAUGGCUUUGUGGUAGUGGUCACAUCAGAUGCCCACAUAUUUUAUGUGUCUUCUACAAUCCAGGAUUAUUUGGGCUUCCAGCAGUCUGACAUUAUACACCAGUGUGUAUUUGAAUUAAUUCACACAGAAGAUAGACCAGAAUUCCAGCGUCAGAUUCACUGGGCUCUUAAUCCUUUACAGUCCACAGAUUCUGGACAGAUAAUGCAAGGAGAUAAUGGCUUUCAACAAUCAGCAACAUAUUACAACCCUGAACAGCUACCUCCAGAGAAUUCGUCCUUCAUGGAGCGAAAUUUCAUUUGUAGGUUACGCUGUCUCUUGGAUAAUUCAUCUGGAUUUUUGGCUAUGAAUUUUCAAGGGAGAUUAAAGUUUCUCCAUGGUCAGAACAAGAAAGGGAAAGAUGGAACUGUUAUAUCACCUCAGCUGGCUUUGUUUGCAGUGGCUACUCCACUUCAGCCACCUUCCAUUCUUGAAAUUCGUACAAAGAAUUUUAUUUUCAGAACCAAACAUAAGCUGGACUUCACACCAACCGGAUGUGAUGCAAAGGGAAGACUUGUGCUAGGUUACACUGAGGCAGAACUUUGCAUGAGAGGAACAGGAUACCAGUUUAUCCAUGCAGCCGAUAUGCUUUAUUGUGCUGAGAACCAUGUCAGAAUGAUAAAAACUGGAGAGAGUGGUAUGACAGUGUUUAGACUUCUUACCAAGGAAAAUCGAUGGGCCUGGGUUCAAGCAAAUGCUCGCCUAGUUUAUAAAAAUGGAAGACCAGAUUAUAUCAUUGCCACACAGAGACCUCUUACAGAUGAAGAGGGAGCAGAGCAUUUACGAAAACGCAAUAUGAAACUGCCUUUCAUGUUUGCUACAGGUGAGGCUGUGUUGUAUGAAGUAGCAUUUCCUCAGCCUGGUAUAAUGGAUUCAUCUCAGACAAAGAUUAGAAGUGGUGUUGGAAAAGGAAUUGCUUCCAAGGCUGUACUGUGUAAAGAAUCUGUUGAUCCCAAUUCACUUUUAGGAGCAAUGUUACAGCAGGAUGAAUCAGUUUAUCUUUGCCCACCUGCUUCAAAUAAAAUCUCUCUUGAGAGGGACUUUUUUGCAGAUAGUAGAGGUGAACUGAGCAGCAUGAUGGCCAGAAAUUGGCAGGAUGCUCUUUUAUCAGUAGGGAAUAAUAGCAUCCUCAAACAGGAGCUGACUGACUGUCCUCAAGAUAGUAACUUGAUGGUUCCCGAAGAAAAUGUAGGGCUUUUUCAGGAUAACAAAAAUAGUGAAUUGUUCAAUAUCAUGAAUAUGCUUGAGGCUGACUUUGAUGAUAUAGACUUUAGUUUUCAGCAGGACGAGGAGUUUUUUAAGAAUGAUUUUGCUGGUGUGGAUGACAUUAGAGACUUUGACGUAACUGAUGAAAUCUUGACCUAUGUUCAGGAGUCUUUAAAUAAGACAGAUGUCUUGUAUUCAAGUUGCCAGCAGCAGGAGCCCAUAUUUCAGAAUUCUGCUUGUUUAAUGCAGCAGCAAAUAAAUCAACAGCAGGUAUCAACAGUGAUGGAACAGCAGCUGCCACAGCAACAGCAACUGUGCCAGAAGAUGAAGCACAUGCAGGUCAAUGGUAUGUUCACAAACUGGAACUCUCUCAGCAGCACAAGUCUUAACACUUCACAACAGCAGAUGCAACCAUUUAAUUUUUCUGACAUACAAGAAAUAACUCAGGAGUUUCCUUACAAAUCUGAAGAUAGUACAGCAUCAUAUGCCUGUAGAGAGGAAUAUACUCCAUACAAGCAACCUACCAGCACGAUGUCCCAAUUCACAGAUUUUACAGAGGUAGACUUUUUCACUGAAAACUUUAAUCUAUCUACUUUUUCAAGUUCUUCUGAUUUAGAUUUUCUCAACUGUUUUCAAGUCCCUGAAAGUCAGUCUUGUGAGCAGAACUCUCAGCAAGUUACAGAAGCUUCGGAGACAUGCUAUGCUGGUGCUUUGUCAAUGUAUCAGUGUGUGUCUGAAACCCAGUCAAACGGCUCAGAUCAAAUGCAGUAUGAUCCUGUAUUAUUGGAACAACAGCCAUCAAACAAGUUUCAGAAUAUUUUUGCUGAAGAAACCUUGCAUGCUGAAUAUCUACAGCAAUUAGAUGUUGUUAGCUCUCAACCUGGAACACAUCUUCAGCCACUUCAUCAUUCAACAGAAUCCAGAUCAUUCUCAGAUUUAGCAUCCAAUGGUUUUGUAUAGUUCAAUAACAAAGUCCUGCAAAGAAUUUGAUCAAGGCUCUAAGUGGAGAAUGAAAAUCAGAUAUUGCACUUAAUAUGCAUGCAUAUAGAAUAUGUCAUUCAAAACUUAAAUGUUUAUAUGUGGAAGUCGGAGCUAUUAUUAUAGCCUUAAAAGUGUGAAAAUGUCAGUGAGAGUAUGCACCAUUGUAAUAUAAUUGCUGCAUCACAUUUAGAGCAUAAGAUAAGGCAAAUGGUUUUAUUGUUUUAAAAAUAAAAUGGAUAGUCUGAGAAUCUUAUUUGGAAUAGCAUAAAAAUUUCAUACAUUACUUCAAGCUUUUUUGAACCUGGUGUUCUAGUCAGAAGAGCAAGUAAAGCAUAUAGUUUAAUUGCGUACUUGCCUAUGAUUUUCUGUUUCUUUUAUUUUACACUUCAGGUUCUAGCACUUUAAUAGAAAGAUAAAAAAAAUGAAAUGCAGUUUUAGGUUUUGUACAAGAAAUGUCAUUGCAUUACUUCUUUACAGUUAGCCUAAGUGCCUCACAAUGUAGCUUCAUUAUCUUCAAAAGGCACUUGUAGGAAAGGAGAAGAUACUCAUUAUGAAAACCAAUAGUCCGUACUUUAUGGCUGUUCUUUUGUUGCUGUAGUUUGUUUGAAAGCGAAGGAUAUUACUUUAGCUUUCUAUUUCUACUAAAUAUAAUUUUGCUUUUUUAGGGCUUCAGGUAAGGCUGCUUGUAAGAGAUUAAGAUUUUUGAUUUUAUGUUCAGCUGCUUUUUUGCAUUCUUCAGGUAGAACAGGGUAAAAUAGGCAUCUUGUAGGAGUAUACACCUCCUAAAAACUAUUUCUGAAUUUCAUAUAUUACAUAAAAAAACAUGUGCCUUAUCUUGUGUUGCAAUGCUUAUUCAGAAGUCUUUUUUUUAAAAAAGCAUAACCCUGUUCUAUGCAAAUAAUUCCAUUGAAAUUGUUACUGAAUGGUUAAUUUUAAAAAUAGUAUAAAUAAUGUUUUAGAAGUAAAUACUAUUAACUUUUACUUUAGCUAACAUUUCUAUACCGUGUCACAUAUUGAUUGGCUGCUGUUUCCUUCUGUUUCAUUGGGAACAGUCCACUGACAUUAAAUAUCCCUGAUGAUUGCACUCUGAAAGAAAAAGCUCUUUCUAUUUUGCAAAUUCACUUUAAAUGUCUUUGUUCACCUGAUAAAAUUUAAAAUUUAUUUUAAUUCAAAUGUAGAAAGAAAUUAUCCUUACAAGAGAAAAGAUACUUUAAAUUUUGUUUUAAAGUGUAAAAAAACCAAACCCUAGUAUUAGGGAUUUUUUUUAACCUGAAGAUUUUUUAGUAAUGUAAGCACCAAUGUUUGGUGUUUUGUAAUAGUUUAAGUGGGGGCAGGAAAUAUACAUGUACAGGCGAAUAAAUGCCAAUAUAUGAUGUGUAGUUAACAUACAAUAAGUUCCAUUUAUAACAUUAUAAAAUACUUUAAAGAAGGUAAUUUUAAAUUGUUAUCCAAUGCACAUAACAUAUAUUGCAUAACUGUAUACCGCAAAUGACAGAGUAGUGUUGUUGGAUUUUUUUUUUUAAAUGAAAAUUCUGCCUCAGGAGUACGUUCAGAUUUUUGAUGAAAUAACUGUUUCAGUCAAAUUUAAUGGGAAAAAAAUGCAUGGAAUGUUUUGUAGGUGCGUGACUGUAGGUGAGUUGGUUUCAAGUGAUUCAAAUGAGCUAGAUUUAAAAAAAAAAUCCCAAAUUUAUAUAAUACAGAUCUUCUAGAAAAGAUUAUUAAGUAAUUUGUACAAUUUUAAGUUUAACAACUAGCACAACUUUUAAAGAGCUUUAAAAAGUACUUUUUGAUUGCAAAGUAAAAUCAAGUAACAUACAUAAAUAAAUAUAAUUUUAGAACCAUAUUGUCUGUAAAGCACUAGAAGCUUUGCUCUGCCCAUUUAUUAGUUCCGUAGUAAUUUAAUUAUUUCUGAAAAUUUCAUAUGGUCUUGUUUCUAAAUGAUUUCUAUUGCUUUUUUUUUAAAGUACAUGAUUAUUAUUACUAUUACAAGGAUAAUGUUAACAAUCAGAAAACCUACUUUAAAAAGUCAAGGUUCAAAGGGAUAGCGUACUUUUUAUAUAAAAAGAAAAAUGUGGGAACAGCCACAACAAAAAAUUUCUGUGUAUCAUUUCACUGCUAUGCCAAAUAUUAUCCAAUCACGUAAGUGCCAAGGUUGCAAUACAAACUAUGUGCUGCCUUAUUGUAAGUUAGCUUAUGUUAUGCAUAAUAUCAGCUGUUUUUCUUCGUUAGGUUGUGCCUAUAUACAACAAACCUGUGUAUUGGUGUUGCACUUUUGAUCUACAUCAUACUCUUAAAAGCAAUGAAAUUCUAACUUAAAAACAUACUUGUCUUCCCCUCAUUCCAAAGAAAUUAUCGCCUAGUUUUAAUCAGUAUUAGUGCACCCUUUUGUAGAUUAUGUCUUGACUUUCUCUCUUUCAUUCCCCAUUCCCCUUUGUCUAUGUUUUAUGUUAUACAAUUAAUUUCUUCUAUGUAAAGUAAUAAUUUUGUAGUGCUUUUAAUGAGCUUUAGUAAAACUUGUAAAGCUUAAUAUAUGGUAAUAAAGUAUCUCCUAAAUACACUGAUCCAUAAGUUAUUUUACAAUUCUUGGCUUAUCUUAUAAAAAAAAAUAUUAGGGAAAAUACAGACAUUUGAUACUACAUUAUAAAACUUUGUUUUCAGAAGUGCACCCUACAUUAAUGUCAGAUAAACCACCAAAUCAACACUGAACUGUUGUCCCUUCAGAAAUUUCUUGCAUAAAUCCCUUGAUCACCGUGGCUACCAACACCAGAAUUACUCAGUGACUAUAGAUUGCUUUCCAAUAAUAACAUGUUUCUGGACACAUCAAAUACUUGGGAUACUCUUAUCAUUUUAUCGACAAAAAAUUAUAAUUACAAGUAGACUUAAGGAGAAUGGAAUAAAUAGAAAUAAAGUCAAGGUCUAAGUGUUAUUUGCUGCUGUUUAGGUUUGUUUACUGGGCAAGUAGACAACAGUUUUUUGAACCCUUUUCUAAACAUCAACCUCAAAAUGCUUCAUAAAGUUGAUGUACAUGCAUAAAAGUAUGUGUUUAAAUAUUUUUAAGAUGCUUUUGAGGGCAAUAGCACUGAUUCCAUUCUAGAUUCAAUUUAGAAAUAGCUACUGAAUUUCUACAUCAUAGACAGUUGUGAGUGUGAAAAUUCUUAGGUUGGGACCCUGGUAUUUCAGUUCUGAAGAAAUAUUCUUCAGUGUGUUAUCCUAUUACUAAAACUCUAUUUUACUAAAUAUUUGGAAUAGAUAACACCGGCAUGAAUGGAAUUCCUUUCUUGCAAUAUCUCACCAUUAGUUUUAAUUUUUUAAAUUAUAAAAUAAAUGAUUUAAAUAGUAUUUUUAAGUCAAGUUAAAAAUACCAAAGCAAUAUAUGGAUUUGCUAGGAUAAAUAUAUACCUGUUUUUUUGGUUCUGCACAUUAUUCUGAGAUUUGCAUUUAAAAUAACAGCCUGAAACAGAAGACGGGAUUUUGGGCUCUGAGGGUGGACUUAGUCGUCGAUUUUCAACCAUUUAUUUAGAAAUUAUUCAGAGUUAUAACAGCACUGAAAAAACUGAUGUGAUUGCUCCCUGCACUUAGAAUCACUGCAAGAUCCUCACAGUCACCUAAAAUUCAGGCACAUGUAUUUAUGAUGAUUGCAGUCUCCUAGGGUCAUAUGAUUGCCAUUUAGGACCUUCCAAGUUGGCUUCUGAUAAGCAGGAAGCCAAAAUCAGUGAUUUGCUUAACAAUCAUGGCAAAAAUGAUUGCAAACCGCACAUGAUUUACUCAAAAAUUGCCUUGCUUAGUAAUGGAAAUUCUGGUCCCAGUGGUGUUCAUAAGCCACAAACUACCUAAACAAAGUUUAUUAGGAUAUUUCAGAGUUAAAAAUAGCUAGAUUCAGAGUUUUGUCACAAUCAAACUGAAAAGUGGUUUGGAGGGAGACUUAAAAGAAAAAUAAGGAAAGAGAUCAAAUUUAGAGAAAGACACAAAAAAACAGGGAAGGGAGAUGAAAAAAAAUUGUAGGGAAAAAUAAAGCAACAAUCUUUUGUUUGAAUCAGGAGACCACUAGGAAACUCUGAAUUUGAAACAGUGAAACAUCCAACAAUUUUUGCCACAAUGUUGUAAAUAGUAAGACUGACAUUGUGGCAAUGAAUUGAAUAGGAAAUCUACUCUGUACACCUUGCAAAAAAAAGUGAAUUCUUUCAUUCCACCUUCUGACUUGGACAAAAAUAAAUUAAGAAAAAAACCAUUUGGAUUUAAAGGAACUUGGUAACUAACCACAGACUGGUUUCAUUUGAAGAGAAUAUUUGGUCUGUAUUUCAAUAGAGAUUAAUUCAAUUCUGAUUAAUCUGUUAAUUAUUGCUAUUGUAAUAUUCCUGUUUGUAUUUUAGUUUGUUUCAAAUAAAGUUUUUUUUUAUUGAA